AUGGCCGCUCACCUAUCAAUGCAGCAGGAUCUCCCUGGGGAUCCCUCCUCCAGUUUCUUCUGGACGCAUUUUCGCCGUCGUUCGCAGAGCUCGACUCUGACCACCGCCGAACACUUCCCCAAACAGCAGUCACGCCGACGCUCUUCCCUCUUCACCAAGCUGGCGAGCUCUCGGGGAAACGCCAAGAGUCUCUUGCGUCUGGGUGAUCCUGCUGCCUCGUUUGCCGCGUUGGGAUCCCCUGCCAAGACGACGACGGCUGCUGCUGCUGCUGCUGCUCGCUCAACCCAUCGCCGACCCGUGUCGGAGAUCAUUCUCUCCCCGAGAGAUGCCCAUAUGAUAUCCGCCGCUUUGGAUGUCGAGGGUGGUGGCGGCUCGCUUUCCGAUACAGCUUCGCUUGCUUCGGGCGGCCUGCCCGCCGCCGCCUCCAGCCAUGACCGUUCGUCGCAUGGCUCGCUAGCUGAGCAGGCCUGUGCCUUCCCUACCCUGCGCAAUGAAAAGGUCGUCGCCACUGGCAGUGGCAUUGUCGUCAGCGUCGCUCUUACAGAACCCGUCCUGUUCCUCGCCGGUUACGACCAGAAUGACCCGUCCACCAAGAAAUCCACCAUUCUCCGUGGCCAGCUACAUCUCAAGGUCACCAAGUCUGUUAAAGUCAAGAAGAUCUCCAUCACUUUCCGCGGACACGCCCAGACGGAUUGGCCGGACGGAAUCCCCCCGAAAAAGGUUCAAUUCCACGACAAAAAAGACCUGGUCACUCAGGGCGUGAUUUACUUCAACCAUGGAGAUACCGCGCUCAUGCAGAAUGACUACGGUGCGCACUUUUAUCGGCAUGCAAAACCGAUGACCCCAACCGCCGUGGGCAAAGACGGGACCACGGCCACCAUUACCCACGAGCUCCACGCACGAAGCGGAAGGUCGUCACCCACCACCAACAACAACAACAACCACAACAACAACGGUAGCCAAAUGUCCUCGCGGGAUCUCAAACGCCUCUCGCUCCAGUCAAACCAUUCCCGCAGUUUCGGCAAGAACGACAACACGUCCAGCGGGGCCGCCCCGCCGCAGCGAAACUACCGUUUGUUCCCCGUCGGGGAUUAUCUCUACAGCUUCGAGUUCCCCGUCGACGGGUCCCUGCCGGAGACCAUCAAGACUGACCUAGGCUCCGUUCGGUACGAUCUGGAGGCCAUCGUGGAGCGCGCGGGCGCCUUUCGGCCAAAUCUGCUGGGCACGCUGGAAGUGCCCGUCAUCCGAACCCCGGCCGAGGGCUCCCUGGAGCAGGUGGAACCCAUCGCCAUCUCGCGCAACUGGGAGGAUCAGCUGCACUACGACAUCGUCAUCUCCGGCAAAUCCUUCCCGCUCGGCACCCAGAUCCCCAUCGCCUUCAAGCUGACGCCGCUCGCCAAGGUCGAGUGCCACCGCAUCAAGGUCUUUGUCACGGAAAACAUCCAGCACUGGACUAGUGACAAGAGCGUCCAUCGCUUCCAGCCCGCCAAGAAGGUUCUUCUGUUUGAGAAACGCGCCGACUCGGCCAGUGUCAGCACCUACCCGGGCAGCUCCAUGCGUGUCACCGCCGGCGGUGGUAUCGACUGGGACCAGCGCGCUGCCGCCGCUCGCGGUGAAGAGGUCGUCGACCGCUCCCGCACCAAUUUGCUGGGCAAUCUGUCAUCGGACUAUGGUGUCGGGCCUACCGAGAUGGAGUUCAGCGUCCAGCUGCCUAGCUGCUACGAGAUGAAGCACCGCGACGACUCCCAGCGGUUGCAUUUCGACACAACCUAUGAGAAUAUUCAGAUCAACCAUUGGAUCAAGAUUGUGCUCCGGCUGUCCAAAGUAGACGAACGAGAUCCGACGAAACGAAGGCAUUUCGAGAUCUCGAUCGAUUCGCCCUUCCACAUUCUCUCAUGCAAGGCAACGCAGGCCAACAUCUUCUUGCCGGCAUAUACAUCGCCCGAUUCAGAGCCGGUGGUGCCAGCGCAGGAGUUCGAAUGUGGAUGUCCCGGAGCCCCAUCACUGAAGAAGACUGCCUCCCAGGUCCAGAUUCAUUCUGGGGUUGAAUCGAACGGCACUGGUUCGAGCUCUGGCGCUACCCCUGGCCCUUCGACCGGCGGCGGACCCGGCGCUGUGACACGCAGCUUCACCAACAGCUCGGGCGGGCUGGCCCGACCGCCACAGGCGCACCUGGCGCACGAGCCGAACGAGCGGUCUGCGCGGCCGAUGCACCUGCUGCGCGCACCGUCGUUUGCCCCGCCGUCGUUUGACGAGGUGGAGGCACCGCCGCCACUGAUCACGCCGCCGCCGGAGUACAACAGCGUCAUCGGAGACCAUGAUCGGGAGUCGGUGCUGGAGGACUACUUUAACCGGCUGUCCUUUUACGAAGAGCACGAGGAGGACGAGCAUGAUACCCGGGGGUUGGGCCGCGUGGACGUGCCGCUGACGCCUGGCCGGCGGGUGAACCGCAGCAUGGACGUGCCGCGCGAUUGGGUGCGACUGGACGGUCUGAUCAUCUCGGUAGUCAUCCUCAUCUCGUCUCUCUCUCGUCUUCCUCUUCUCUCUUUAUUCUCUCUAUUAUUUCUAUUAUUUCUGUUCUUUCCAACGAGCGCCGAAAUGAUCACCAUAUCCCCAUUGACGGAAGAAGACAUCCCCGAGACGAUUGAAGUGAUCCAGACGGCGUUCGCCGACGAUCCCUACUUCAAAUGGGUCUUCGACAAGAGCAGGUUCAAUAAAGAGCGAAACUAUGGAUCGCUGCAUGCCCGGUGUCUAUGGGGCAUCCACAAUGCGCUUUUCUUUGUUGCCAAAACCGAUUCCGACUCCGACUUCGCCUCAGCCGUAGACUCCGCCUCCUCCGACAAAGACUCAAAGACAAGCAGGGUGGUUGGCGUUUCAUGCUGGCUACCCCCCAGCCCGGAAAAAGAAACAUGGUACACAUGGAGUCAGGGGUUACUCCUCUCCGCACGGCAGAUGGUGAAUAACCUGCUCCACGGGGGGAGAGGCGGGCUACGCGUGAACCGGUACUGGAUCUGGAAGGCCCGCCAGACGGAAGCCCAACGAGAGAUCUGGCAGGGCGAAGAGGGCGGGUUCUACUUUUGCAAUAUCGUUGCCAUCCGGCCUGGGUUCCAGGGACAGGGGAUCGGGAAAAGACUGAUGCAGUGUGUGCUUGAGAAAGCCGACGCGGAGGGGAAGAAAUGUUAUUUGGAGAGUUCGCGGGAUGAACCGAAUGUUCAGAUUUACGGCACGAUGGGCUUCAAAGUCGUCAAGACCAUGGAGUGUCAGGAUGGGGGGGAUACCUGCAUGGCUUUAGUUUAUAUAUCUCUGGACCCUCUCUGUUCUUACUCUAGUCUACUUCACUACUACUUCACUCUACACUGCUACUUGAGAAUGCCCCCCAAAUACAUCUUCUCGGCUACAAUCACCGCCCAACCGGUCCAGAUGACCUCCUCGGCAAUCCUCUACGACUCGGUAGUGUCACUGCCGGAUACACAGAGUAAAUUGAGCCCCGGGGGGAUAGCCGGGGUAGUCGUGGGUAUUGCGAUCAUCGUGAUCAUUGUGGUGGCUGUUUACCUCAAAAGAUACCGACACAAACACAAAGACUCGAUUCAGUAUGACAAGAACAACAAUAAACCAGCACUUGCACCAGAGAAACCUACACCAGGGAAAGCGACAGAAGCUACAGAAGCUACUCGCCCCCGUCGAGUCCAUCUGGCCCCCAUAAUCACAACCCGCACCUACAACCACAACCCCAAUCAACGGUCCAAAUACCUCAGCACGGCCACGGUGUCAACCCCGCGCGUGUUCCGACAGCACCCAGGUGAGGAGGUCCAGAUCGACGAGGGCGAACGGAUAUGUAGUUCUACCUUGACGGAUUUGACGGUCUUUACUUUCAGGUAG